AUGGAGAGAGGAAAACAGAGGAGAAGAAAGGAGGACAGGAGUGAGGAAGCUGGGGGGAGGAAAGGAGAUAAGAGAGGAAAUGAGGACAGAGGAGAGGAAACCCCCUCAAGCCUCCUCAGACCUCCUCAGACCUCCUCAGACCUCCUCAGACCUCCUCAUAUCUCCUCAGACCUCCUCAGACCCCCUCAAGCCUCCUCAGCCCCCCUCAGACCUCCUCAAACCCCCUCAAACCCACUCAGACCUCCUCAGACCUCCUCAGACCCCCUCAAGCCUCCUCAGCCCCCCUCAAGCCUCCUCAGACCUCCUCAAACUUCCUCAGACCUCCUCAUAUCUCCUCAGACCUCCUCAGACCCCUUCAAACCCCCUCGAACCACCUCAGACCUCCUCAGACCUCCUCAGACCCCCUAA